AUGGAAAACUCUGAUCCCAAUGAACUCUUGUCGAUCUUUAAAUCAAAUGUGCUUUUCUUCUCUAGACCAACAUGCACCAAUUCACACAAAACAAUCUCUCGGCGCAGUAAUCUAUGUUUUACCAAAGAGCUAAAAAAUAAAUGCAAAGAACGUGAUGAGCUUUACAAACGAGCUAAAAGAAACCGUGAUCCAACCUUGCUCUCAUUGUAUAAAUUCAAAAGAAAACUUCUUAAAACUGAAUUAGCCCAAACGCGAGAAUUGUACUUGAAGACUGCUCUAUCAAAUCUGCCUCAAGGUUCUUCUGUCUGGAGCAAACUAAAACAUCUAGGACUCACCAAAUCAAAUGCCUUGUCACCCUUAAACUUCUUUGAUCAACUGAAACUAAAUGAGUACUACGCAAGUAUAGUCAGGAAACAUCCAGCUGCAAACGUCGAGUUCUUAGAUGUUUUACCAGUCUCCUUCCAAUGUCAAGUAGACUGUUCAUUUCAGUGGCAGAAGAUUGAUAUCGUUGACGUCUCAAAGGCUCUUGUACUAACUCUCUCAAAAUCUAAAGGAAAUAGCCCGGAUGGUCUGGAUUUGCGGUGGCUAAGAGAUCACUUUCCUCAAAUAUCAUUGUUUCUUACAGCUUUAUUCAACAGAUCUCUGGACACCAGUAUUUUUCCAGAGAUUUGGAAAAUAAUAUACAUUAUACCACUGAACAAGAUAGCCUUGCCCAGAUCUCCAUCUGAUACAAGACCGAUUGCGAACCUGUCACACUUAGCGAAAGUUUUUGAGAGAAUAGUUGCAAACCAGCUGGUAACGUACCUAGAAGACAAUCUCUUGCUUGAUCGGUUUCAAUCGGGAUUUCGUAAGCAUCGUAGUACGCAAUCAGCUUUGUUAAAACUCACUGACGACGUCAGAGCAGCGAUGGACAGAAAUCAACUAACCAUUCUGGUGCUAUUUGACCUGAGUAAAGCCUUCGACUACGUAGAUCCCAAAGUUAUUUUUAAUCUCUCUUCAUGA